AUGUGAAAAUAUGCUCAGAUUGAUUCUUAUUUUAUAAAAUACUAAUUUUAUUUCAGGACCACAGAGUAGCUCGGGAACCAGUCUAAGACCAAAACCAACAUUCUAUUUUUAGCACAUGGGAUUUCCAAUUUUCAUUUCUCUGUCAAGGUUGGUAGCCAAAUAUGGAUCCUAAUCAUAUUGUUUUCACAACAGAUGACUAUGCAGACAGUGAUGACGAGGACUUCGCAGAUGUAGAGGAUUUUGCAUAUGAAAAUAACACUUCUACUGGACAAAUACUUCAGUCUGAAGGCUUUGGUCCAAUGGGAAGUGUCAAUCAUGGGUUUGAGCCAGAACCAAUAGCUGUCGACAAUGAUGGUGGUGUAAUUCCUGCUAACGACUCUGGCCCUGGCAUUACCCAGACAGGACCAAGGGCCCCAGAGUAUGUAGCCUUGCACAGAACACCAGCAGUUUUACAAAUCAAUGAGUAUCUUACAGAGGAGCAGAAGAAACUGUGGCAUGACUUUUUCAAUGUCACUCCAAUCAACUCGGAGGAAUUAUUUAUGAAGUACAGUGCAUACUACUCAGCCAGGAGGUUUUUGUGGAAUAGAGGCUGGGUGACUAUCACAGGUUUCCCUGGUGAUGGGAAGCGAGCCCUGGCAGAACAUUUGAUGGUCAAAUUUGUCAGGAAACCAGAGAAACCCCCACAGAGACCCACUCCAAAAGAGCAGAACGAAUGGGAAGGAGCUUGGCUGGAUGAAGAUGGCCGACCACAGUAUACGGUGGUCCACGUCAACUCGUAUCAGGAAUGGCAGCGCAAGGUGGACCCGACCAAAAAGCAGUGUGUUUUGAUUGAUAAGAUAUUUGGUCCUGCAACUUACACUAUAUCAAAAGUAGAAGAAUGGAUCAACCACUUGGAUGAAAUUUUGGAGACGGCUGUUCGAAACAGACCAAACACUCUAGUAAUCAUUACUUUUCAAAAACACCAACUUGAGAAAAUUCACCCUCGAGUGACACUUUGUCCUCUCUUUCAGUCCAAGCAUGUCAUUGAUUUAACCAAUGACAGAUACAAGGCUAAAAAUAAUGAAAAACAAAAGAUUCUGGAAGGCAGUUGUAGUGGGAAACAUGGGUUAUUAAUAAAUGAACAAGAUGACGUUAUCAGAUCCAAUCUGAAUUCCUUUGCUUAUCACUGUCGUCUAUAUGGAGGGGUCAAAAGCUUCCAUAUGGAAGGUAUGCAAUAUUUCAAGAGCCCUGAAAACUCAAUGGAAACUGUUCUGGAGAAAGUAUUUCGUUUUGACAAAAUCAUUUAUUACACUUUGGCAUGUGUAGGACUAUUUGAUGGAAAGAUUGAACUAGACAAAGGAAGGUUUGAAGAUUACACAGCAUUUCAACAAAAUAUAUUUAGGCAACUAAAAAUAGCUUUAGAAGUCCCGCAUGAUGUCAAUUUAGAGAAGAUGAGGCACGCUUGCACUCUUCUCUGUGGAGUGUUUCUUGAACCUAUUCAGUUACAUCAUUGGAAGUUUUGCCAUGAACGAAUGUUUUUCUUUGUGACCCAUUCCGUUUUCAAAAGAAUUCCUCUCAAAGUUUUAGAAAUUUGCAGUUUAAAUUUCUUAAUGGAACGUAUUAGAACAUCAAGUUACUUCACGAUAACCAUGGAGUCCAAUUUGUGUGUUUGGAAUAAAGAUUAUACAGCUUUGGCGCAAAGGCUUGUAUUUGAAAUUCUUAGAAGCAAUGCAAGGCUUAUAGCAUCUCAUCCAAGUUUAUGCGAUAUACGGUUUGGGGAAGCUUUUGUCAAAUUUAUGGGGGAAAUGGGAAGCUUACAACCGGUUUUUCUUCAAAGGGCCGAUUAUCAUCGUUCAUUCUUCUUUUGGCUUUGUUAUUAUGGACAAGAACAGACAAUCAAACAUUUGCUGAAACACGAAGAUUUUAAGAAUAUUAAGGAGAUGGAAUGGUUUAAAGAGGAACUUGACGUUUCUCUGUUUGCUGCUUGCAAUAGGAAUGGUGCCAGUAGUGGUAGAGUCGUGAAAAUGUUGUUAGAAGAAGGCGCAUCAUUGAGUUCUAGAGACCCGCUACCUGAUGACGAUUUUGUUCUCCUGUAUGGGCAGGACAUGUUUGAAUUAACUCGAAAACUUAAUGCUCCAUUGCUACAUGUUGCAGCUUUUUAUGGGUCCCUUGAUACUUUACAAGGUUUGAUCGCCAACGGUGCAGACGUCAACGAGAGGACAGAAGACGGAUUUUCGGUUUACCACAGAGUAGCAAGAAACCCUGACGAUGCAGCUCUAAGAGCUCUUCUGCAGCCCAAACCCGACCUGACUUCCAUUAAGAGCGCGACAGGCAGUUUACCAAUUCACGAGGCCAUCAGAUGUGGAAAUGAUAAUGCAACCAGACACUUCAGCGAGGGCAUUCCCAAGGAUGCUUACAAGAUGGAGGAUGGUAGAUCAAUGUUGGCAGCAGCUACAGGCGUCGGUGUAGAGAGCGUAGUCAAGACGCUAUCAAACGCCAUGGGAUCAGCAAAUCCAGUGGGGUGCCAGGACAACUGGCCACCACUGCAUAGUGCAUGUGCAUUUGGGAAUGCGAAUCUUGUUGAGACGCUAUUGGGAAAUGGGGCAGACGUCAAUGCGAAAGGCACUGGAGGAUGGACGGCGCUUCAUUUUGCAGUUCUGUUCAAUAGGUCCCGAAUAGUCGAGUUUUUGCUAAAGAAAAAGGCUGAUGUGAAUAGUCAAGCCACGGACAGAAAGACUCCAUUGCACAUUGCAGCGGAAAAUGAUCAUUGGUCCUUAGUAGACUUGCUUCUAGAAAAUGAAGCCAAACCGGAAAAUACCACAAAUGAAGGAGACUUCGCCAUAACAUUAGCGGCAUCAAAUGGUCAUAUAGAACUGGUCAAGACAUUCGUAGAGGAAGGAAUCGAGCUCGAAUUUCCCCAGGUGCGAGAAGAAGACCCGGAUGAAAGGCAGCGUGCAUUGAUGAUGAUGAUGGGCAGAGGCCGAGAGCAAGACAGACUGGAAAGAAUGAUGCGAUAUACCAUGAGAGAAAAAGCGAAAAAUAUGAAAAAAUAAAGUCAACUUUGUUAACAAAGCAUUGACCAGUGGAUGUGAAAAUUUGUUUAAUUAUUUAUAAUAUAAUGACAGCACAAUGAUUUUACUAAUGAAAUAUUUGUAAAACAAUCAAAUUUUUUUUCACUACAUUUUAUAUUUUGGGCUUCAUAUUUUUAUAACACAGAUUUAAUUUAUAUACAUUGUACAUGUAUUUGUAUUAUUAAACUGGUUUUAUAUAUAUAAAAAAGGGUUUUCUAAUGUACUAAGAAUAAUAGUUGUUACUGAUAGCUAAACAUUAAAAAAAUAGCAAAGUGUUUUAAUUUUUUUCUGUUUUCUUAUAUGUCCAAUAUCAAACUUGCUGCAAAAGGUUCAAUCAUGGACAGUAUACUUUGUUUAAUUGCAUGAUUAAGAUAGAUAGCCUAUAUAAACCCUUAAUAAUUUGUAUUAUUAAACUGGUUUUAUAUAUAUAAAAAAAGGUUUUCUAAUGUACUAAGAAUAAUAGUUGUUACUGAUAGCUAAACAUUAAAAAAAUAGCAAAGUGUUUGAAUUUUUUUCUGUUUUCUUAUAUGUCCAAUAUCAAACUUGCUGCAAAAGGUUCAAUCAUGGACAGUAUACUUUGUUUAAUUGCAUGAUUAAGAUAGAUAGCCUAUAUAAACCCUUCAUGAACUACUUUGAGGAAAACUGAAUGAA